CUUCCUUCAUCAAGGCCACCCUCAGUCACUCAUCAGGGUAUCGGUAUCGCCAAAUGUCUACCUACCUCUACACGUCUAAGGCUAUACAUAUACACCACACCAUCCAUCCGUCGAGCCAUCCACUCGCCACGCCAGUGUUCUUCUAGAGGUCGCAAUGGCAGUUGCAGUCGGGCACAGGGCAGCCUCUGAAGCCGUAGCGGUGAAACCACUCCAGCAUGUGAUCCGCACACCCGCCGUGGUGACACAACGUGCACCACACAAACCUGAUCCACGGACAGACACAACACACAGAGAGGGGCAAACGCCUGUUAGACAGCCAUCAUAACUAACGUGCCAGCCAGAAGCCGACCGACCAUUUGCUGACGUCGAGCUGUGCGGUGGGUGCGACAGAUCCGUUUGUCUUGGCCCCGUCGUGUGCCGUGUUGAGCCUGGGCACGGGCAUCAGGCAGAUGGCGCACUUGGUCAGCUCCUUCUUGCAGUGCGUGUUGGGACACCGAAAGCUCAGCUGCAGUGCGACACACAGCACAGCAACACAAACAAACUUGUCAAGUACAUACAUAUUCUGCCCUCCCAUCCGUCCGCCAUACCUGAAUACCUGAAAGUCGUCUUCAUCAGAUGGUCUGAGCGUCUUCCUGGCCAGGGAGGGCUGUCCUGGCCCAGUGAGAGCCUCGUUGCAGUACCAGCAGUGCCGCGCAUCGCCCCUUGGCACCACAGCCACCGGUCCCCCCGCCCCGCCCUUGUCCUUCUCCUUGUCCCUCCUACCGCUCAUGUCAGGGUGGGACGUCUCGAGCACCAGGAGGUCGAUGCACUGCAGCGUGCGGCCCCACCGCUGCAGCAGGGCUCGGUACUCGUGGAAAAGCAGCUGGAUCAGCACAAAUGGCUGAUGGGGGGAGGGCUGGGGGUGUUGAACCGACUGGAUGGCGGCUUGGUGCGGCCGGGAGAGGCCUGUGGCAGCUGCAAAGAGGGCCUGCGACACGGCACACAUAGAUGGACAUAAAGAGACACACGCCACACAUACACUUAAGGUGGCGAUAUAUGUGAUGGUGUGGGUGUGUGUUCAGAUCGCACGUACGGGUGCUUGGAGGUCUCCGGUGCAGUUGACGUACCGCCUGACCAUCUCCUCCUCGAUCGUCCUGCCCCCUCCCUCCCCCUCGCCCUCUCCAUGCCCAUGGUACGGCCGCCCAGCCACUCCCACCAACCAGAACCCAUCAAGCAGGCCGUCCCGGCAGCACACAGUCACCUCACUGUUGAGCCACGAUUGCAGGACCGCUGGGCUGAGGUAGCGGAGAGCAAGUGCGGCCCGGAAUCGCAUUGAGGCGUAGCUGUAGAUGUCGCUGUCAGUGGAGUCGGUCAGGGGCUGUGUGGGUGGUGGUUUGUCUGGUGAGGGAGGGGCAGUGGGCAAAGGCACAGCGCGGCUGGACAAGAAGGGGUUGGUGAUGAGGUGCAGCAAGAUGGCCUCGAAGAGAGCGGCAGGUGCGUCCACCUUGCUCUCCUCCUCCCCGUUGACGUCUUCUUUGUCUGCAUCUCUGUCCUCCUGCCUCGCAGCCCACACCCUCUUGACAGCGGUCGUUUCCAUCAGCCGCCGAAUGCGGGACGGCCCAUCAGCGGCUCCCACACCACCCCUGUAAUCCAGUACUUUGGCGGUCGACCUGUCGAUGUGGGAUGUGACGGCCAGGAUCACGUGGAAGGCGAACCGGAGAGUGAGGCCGUGGGGAAGACCCAGCCAGUCGGAGAGGGGCCGGUGCAGCAGCAGGUCGCUCUCGACGCGCCAGAGGCCUUGGUUGACGUCCCACUCCACUGACGGGGCACCCUCGCCCGUCUGCGGCGUCAUCAGCCGUGCGAAUGAGGCGAUCACGCUCGGCAGGUGCCGCAAGAUCUCCAGCCCACCUUCCUUGGCGUAGGGGGUGAGGGUCUCGACGAGAAGGGCCGCCUUGAGCAGGAGGUCGGCCCGCAGAAAGAGGAUGCCCGUGAGGAUGGCCUGCACUGCCGCAGACGGGUCAGCUGCCGCCAUGUUGCUGCGGGACCAAGAAGACGCAUCGACAGAUGGGCCGAAGCCGAGAAAGGCCAAAGCCGCAUCCCGCUUGGAUGACGUGUAGACCAUGAUGGAGUCGCCCAGUAGUGUGUUCUCGACCAGCCCCGUGUCGUCCUCUUUCGGCAGCCGCAGGUCUGCCUCCUUGGUGCCAUCGCUCUCCCUCCUGGCCUUGCCCUUAAGACAGUCUACCAGCCCCCGGUAUGUCCGCCUGAUGCCUCUCUCAGCGUCGGGCUCAUUCUCAUCGGCGUGUCCGGCGCCAUCUCGCAUGUCCAGGACCCUCUCCACCCAGGUCCAGAUCUCAGCAGCGGCGGUGAGACGGUAGGCCAGCCGGCCGUAGAACGAGACGCGUUGAGUGCUGGUAGUGGGGUCGUUUAGCUUGGUGCGUCGUCUGUCGGUGGGGGGGAGGGGGAUUGGGAUGGGCUCGCGUGGGUUGGGGAGGGUGUGCGCCUGCUGCAGGACAGAGGGGGGGAGAUACUGGUACAGCCGAAUCGCUUGCUGCAAGAAUCGAACCACAGUAAGGCGGGAAAGAAAGUCUGUUUGGAUGCCGCACAGACGGCCUGAUGGUGAGCUGACCUGUCUGAGUACGGCUGCAUACUCGCUCAUGUCCAUGCCGUGCAGCAGGCGCUCCCGCUUGCCCUUGGCCGCCACGCUCUUGACGGCCGCCUUCCUCCUGCCGCUGUCGCUGUCCUCCUCACCCUCGCCAUGCUCACCAACCGCCAGCCGCUCACGCAUCAGCUCCGUCCCGUCAGACACACGCCACCAAUCCACCAUCCGAGCCUCCAGCGAACGAUCGGCCGACUUCUCGGCCAGCGGCAGCGUCAAGGGGCCGUUGGGCAGCGGCUGGUCCUGUGAGGCGGCUGGCAUGAGCACAUCAGAUGAGAAGGGGGGAGGGUCGAUGGUGCCGCUAGUGGCGGUUGGCAGCAGGGGCACCGGGCGGGGACAGGGGGCCGUGGUGGAGAGUGCGCCGUCCUGGUGCAGGCAGAUCAGUCGCUCCACACCGGUCUUGUCAGUUGGACAGAAGGCGAAGUCCAUCAGCAGACUGUUCUUCUCGGGCGUAAUGGCUCGAGCAGAGGGAUACAGGAGCGGAUGGCAGUCGGGUCUUGCUUCAGCUGGAGUGAAGACGCGGAGCCGGACGCUGUCUGCUGCCGUGUCGUCACCACUCAUCUCGCCGAGAGUCAGUCGCUUGUAGUGGCUCCACCGCACCCUCCUCACCGGCCCGUCCACCUCCAAUCGGCGGAAUGUGUCGCCGAAUCGCCUCCGAUCAAUAACCUCGAUCAGGCCCUUGCCCUCACAGGCCAUUGAGUGCCCAGCAACCAUCUCAGGCGCCAAUCCAUUGACUGUCAGGCCGUCCACAGCCGCGCUGGUGUGCUUCUGCACGUCGGUCGAGCGGUAGGAGGCGGCAUCGAGCAGGUCAUGCAUCGUCAGCCAUCCACUCACACGUGACGAACCAGCGGCGCUGGAUCCAGGCGAGAAGGCUUCCCUUGUCCAGCCAAUCAUGAGAGUGGAGGGCCCGACGAACCGGCAUGAAACGGGGCGGGCGUGCUCGUGAGGGUGGAUGGACAAGGGCGGAGCCAAAAGGGGACACGAAGCCGGCUGCGUCGCGUCCGACAGAAAGGGCGGGUGUACAGGCACAUGCGGGGUCGUGUGCAUCCAGUUGAGGUCAUAGAGAUAAACGCGGUGGUCCCAUCCGAUGGCCACCAGCCCGUUGUUGUAGGCGUUCCAGUCCACACACGAAGCCCGAGGGGUCAGCUGCUCCAGCGAGUAGGGCUGCAGCGUCAGGUCGGCCACGACACGGCCCUUGGACGAGUCACCAAUGUCUAUGAGAGCGGCAAAGUGCGAGUAGGCCAGGACGCCCUGGUAAGGCUGGGAGGCGUCGAUUGAAGGGCUGAAGUCGACGAAGCAUGAGUCGUCAUCGAGAGAAAGCGGCUGUGACGUGAUCCAAUCGGGUGAGCUUGACGUGCUGUCGGCCCUGAUGAUGCCGUGGCGGUUCUCAGCCUGCCGGUAGCAGAAGAACCGGUCCUUGAUCGAUGAAAGGGGCACCAGGCGGUCACUCAUGACUCUGCUGACGGUGACAAUGGAUAGAUCUGGAAGCCCAGCGUAGCCUCAUCAAACUGUUGAUGCUUGCAGCAGCCGAAUGGCCUCGUG